GUCUUGUAAAGUGUCGCCUCUUAGUGUCAUCACUGAAACGACUGCACGAUGGAGGACAAAGAAGCCGCUAUGAUGAACAGGUUGGAGAGCAUCAAAGACAUAAGAGGGAAAACUUUGCAGUUAGAGAAGAUAAGAAGUAAACUUCGUCAAGAAAUUGAGACGACAGACAAUGAAGAAAGAUGUUUGGAAGAAUACAAACAAGAGAUGGAGUUGUUACUUCAGGAAAAGAUGGCCCAUGUGGAGGAACUGAGGCUGAUCCAUGCUGAUAUCAACACAAUGGAAACAACAAUAAAACAGGCAGAAGAAGAGAGAAAUAAGGCAUUUGAAAAUGCCAAGCACCUGUAUGAUGAGUACCUUCCACUUAAAGAGGAAGUAGAUGCAAUGAGGGCAGCUAUUGGAUUAGAGAAAUUAGGAGACGAUGGCGACAGACUCAGCCCAGAAUACUUUGAGAAACAGAAGACAGAGUGGCAGACUGAAUCUCAGGAACAGACCCUACCAGAAUCUCUAGCAGUGGCAGCGGCCCCCAAUGUCCAUGGUCAGCAGCUCCCAGUGGCCAGACCCUCUGCCACUGCCGCAGCAGCUGCCGCACCACCCAAACCAGCAGAGAGACAGUCCUUCCCUAGACAACAGCCACCCCCUAUGAAGGCAUGUCUUUCUUGCCAUCAGCAGAUCCAUAGAAAUGCCCCAAUAUGUCCGUUGUGUAAAGCAAAGAGCCGUUCUAGGAAUCCCAAGAAACCAAAAAGGAAACUUGACGAGUGAAGUAUGGGCAACUGCAACCAAACUCCAUUUCAUUAUAAAUAUAUCUGUAGCAUAAUGAAUAAGAAGUCUUACUUAGAUGUGUUGACAUGAAGUCCCACUUAAAAAUUGGUUUUUGGCCUUAGCAGCUUAGGCUGCCAUCUUGCCCACAACAUUAGUGCCACUUGUAACCCACUAAGUCCAAAUUCUACGGACAGUAUUGUAAUUGCAUAUUUUGUAAACAUUUAAAUUCAGUUGGAAGUUACAAAGUGAAAGCAAUUGUAAACACAAAUAUCUAAUAUUGAAGUGCUAUGUUUAAAUCCAGUGUAGGAUAGUGAUAUAGGAACAAAGAAGUGGUUUGGAAAGUUUUCACAGGUGCAAAGCAUCGAUGGGUUUAGAAUUGUUAGAGACUGCAAUACAAGAUACACUUCUUUAAUGACGUGUGAGAGAUCUCAGCAUUCCAUUUUAUGUAAUAUUUACAUAUUUGUUUACCAAAGAUUACUUUUACCUAGUAUAUCAUUUUAUAAUUUUGUUAUAGUAUUUAGACAAGUUUUAUAACCUUAGAUGUGCAAUGCUUUGAGCAUGACAUGACAAAGUCAGGUAGAUUAUUAAUGUCAAAGCUAGUUAUAAUAUUAUAACAAACUCUAGUUUACUUUUUACUACAUUUUGUGGCUUAAAAUAUAGCAGUGGGACUGUGCUUGAAAGACAUGAACAUAAGCAUAUGUGACAUUUUAUGAUGAUGUUCAGCAUAAGGAAAGUGCUGCCAAUAAGAUCUUGAAAGUGUCAAUAGAAAGAGCAUAUUAGUAGUAAAUUUAAUUGACAGCUAACAUUACACAUUGAUUAAAUUUCUGUAAUUUUCUGCCAAGUCAUAAAAGCUUGAAAGUUAUCUCUGUUCAAGUUCAGUAAUAAAUUACCAUAAUUUUUCUAACAA